AUCCAAUUAUUAGUAAAAUAUGAUAAUAAAGGGGAAUCUCAUAAAAAGAUGAUAUAGAACUAUACUGACUAUAUAGGAUUUGUCACUUAGUGGAAGUUAUUAGCACAGUCUAGUGCUGAUGUUUUAAUGCAAUGACUUUAUGUUUGCAGACUUUUAGUAGCUUUAGUAAAGCAUUUUGGGGAUGCAGUGAACUUUUCGUGCCAAGCCGAUAUCUGUGCUGAGUGACGUAAUACGAGUUUAGAAUAAGAUAACUCUGUAUCAAAAACUGGACUUUACUUGAACACUUCAUGGGGUUUGGCAGUUACCCAAGAUACAUCAGAUCACAAAAUGUCACCCGUGCUCAAGGCUUUCUCAGGAAUCUUUCCUGCUGAGCAUGCCCUCCUUCCUGCCCUUUGAGAAUGUCCAAUCAGCAGUGCUGCUUAGAGAGAGAGAGAGGGUGGGAGAGAGAGAGGAGGGCUUAAUGCCCCAAAGCAGCUAGGGAAAAGACUAAAGUGGCACAAUUGUUCUGCCAGAUCAGCAGUCAUCUCUCCAGGACACUGAACCAUUAGAGGGGUCUUACCCUCUCAAGAGCUCCACACGCCACAGUCAAGAAAAUGUCACUCGAUCACAAUACGUCAGACCACAGCGAAACACCGUGGUUCUCUGAAUGUACCGUAGAACUGGACCGGGACUGCCGGCGCAUCGCACUGUUCCUGCUCUACUUGUUCCUGUUCAUGGUUGGUUUGAUCGAGAACUGCCUGGUGGUUUGGGUAAACUGGCGCAGGCGUCACUCGGCCAGUGGUGUGCUCUUCUGUAUUAUCAACAUCAGCUUGUCUGACCUGAUGGUGGUUUGCACUAUGCCAUUCUUCAUGCUGGAGGUCAUCUUGGACAGGGUUUGGGUUUGGGGCCGAUUCCUGUGCAAGGUUACGCACCUCAUCUACGUCAUCAACUUCUACAGCAGCUCCUUCUUCCUGGCCUUCAUGACUCUGGAGCGGUACCUGACAUUAACACGGCCAACCACGCCCGCCUGCUUUCCACUGCAGCCCAGGCACCGGCGAUGGCUGCUGUGUGCUGGAGUGUGGCUUUUGUCCUUGGUGCUGGCACUGCUAGAAAAUGUACAUGUGGACCUGCGUGAGUGGCAUGAACCUGGCUGUUUCAUCUUGCUCUACAAUGAAUGGUUUGUCUCAGUUAGCGUCUUCUGCCUUAUCUUUCAGUUUUUGGGCCCUGCGUCAGUCAUCAUCACUUGUAACAUCCUGAUUGCACGGGUUGUGCGUGCCUCUCCGGACAUGCAGAAUCGUAGGGACCUUUGGCUGUUGCACGUGUACUCAGUCGUUUUUGUGACCUGCUGGCUACCCUACCAUGUUGUGAUAUUCCUGAUGACAGUGGAUGAUCUGAAUCCAGGCUUGAUGUCCUGCAACACCAUAGAUAUACUGUACUUCACUUACAGUGUUGUACAGUGCGUCUCACUCUUUCAUUGCAUUGCCAACCCCAUUCUCUAUAACUUCCUGAGCAAGAGCUUUCGUGCCAACCUCAUCAACGAUAUUCUUUCCCGUUUUUCCUCAGCACCUGCCAACAUUGCAGCCAAUGCAGCCGAUGGUGCAGGGACAGCAUCACGAAAGGAGAGAAAGCUCAGCAAUGCCAGCACCAGUCACUCAGAAAUAGGAUCCUAAGAACGGAAGUCUAGAAUACGUCAUGAUGAGGUCUCCUGAGAGAGAUAGGGAAGUGGCACAUACUGUAUGUGUGCUGCUAUGAAGAAAACAUUUUCCAGAUGCCAUCAAAGUAACCGUUUUACAAAAUGUCUCCCUUCUGAAAUAUUCUUCCACUGAAUUUCUCAGUGCAAGAACCAAAAACCUUUCAGAAAGAACAUUUUUAAGAGAAUAAAUGGUUUCUUUUAAUUGCUUGUAAACAGUGAGCUGGACGGGCCCAAAGGAGUCAAAACUGCAUGUAAAGAAACAGCUUUAAGAGUUCCUGUUAGUGGGUUUAAAAGAGAAAGGAAGAAAACUCCCUACAUCACCCUCCCACAGGAAGCUGCCGACAAACAUGCCACAGAUAAAAGGAAGUCUAACAAUCAGAGAUUUGCAGAGGAUGAUGUCUAAACACUGGACUAAAUAAAUAACUUGUCAUCACUACUAGAAUGUAUUGUAAUAUAUCUUGAAAUAAAAACAUAUACAUACAUAUUUUAUAUAUAUAUAUAUAUAUAU